AUGCCAUUGGCCAAGCUGCACAAGACCCUGCAGACGGUGAUGGGCUGGGAGGACACCCAGAAGUACACGUUUCUUACUGGCGACGGCGUGCCGAUCGCCAAGUACAACAAGGACGACAUUCCCUGCCUCUCGGACAGCAAGAUUCGGCUGGCCUACAUCGUCAAGGACCCCGGCGAUGAGCUCUACUACCAGUACGGCGAGUGGAUACACCGACUUCUCGUGGAGACGAUCGGCGCCCCGCGACGGAACAUCCCCUCCACCCGCGUCAUCUCGGGAACCGGACAGUGCCCGCCGGACGACAGUACACCUUUCAGCUAUGCUGCAGGUGUGACCUCGCUGGGCGGAGAGACGCGGCCGUUCUCGGUGGACGGGGUCAACGCGCAGCUGAUGGCGGGCCAGACCUUCUACAUGCGCAUCCCGGCCAGCGCCAGCAAGGAGCACGAGGAGUUCGUUUGCCUGCGCGCCAUGCGCACGCCCGUCAACAUCCUCGCCGCCCCGGCCGCCAACCUUGACCCUGUCACGUCAUCGUCAGCGGCAGCGGCCGAGGCGGCCUCGAUCUCGUCGGCCACCCGAUCGUCGAUGAACUCGGCCACCUACUCGGCGCCCAC